UUUUCUGGGGUGCCCUGGUCGAAGGCGGAUCAGCGUGGUUCCCAUACUCUGAUUUGUAGCCAGCGCGGCUCACACGUUUUGUCCGCGUGUCCGCUGUUUAAUUUCGAAUUAUUUGUGCGGAAUCCGUAGUGCCGGGCUGGUGGAUGAGCCGAUGAACUAGGUUUAUUGGCCGUGAACGAAUGGGUAGAACCAAAUGUUGAUGCAUGCAUUGGGCCUCUUAGUACCGUGGAAAUCGCACCGUAACUGUUUGUCUGUUUGACUUACCUGAAGAACCGCACAAGUUCGGUGAUGCAGAAUUGGGUGACAUGACAAAAUCGUAUAGGUAUCGUCUGUCUCUGUGUUACUCUCACAUAGUCACAUCAAGAUGCUGCACAUGACAUGAUGCGAUGGUGGCCUCGGCAGUUUGCAUAACAGGAGGCAGAAGCUGGAGAUGUUGGAUUUGUCUUAUAUGUCUAUUAAUAACAUGAUCACAGGUGUCGAGCUGAGCUACAGAUACAGAGUCUGGAACACUGGAGCAAUCUUAAUUAGUAUACUCCCUCCAUAAACAAAUACAAGUAUUUGUUUACAGAGGGAGUAAUAUACAUCCAGAAGUCAGCACAUAAAAGGUUAUAAUUAUCUAACAUAACGGAAUGUUUAAAGUAAAUCAUCACUGCGACCUUAGUUGAGUUUAUUAACCCAGCCACAUGAGCCUCCACUAGGACGAUUCUCAUGUAGCCGUGAUUUCUCUGGCUUUACUUUUAACGGUCCUUUUGAGGAAAAUGUUAUUGGCAUAAGAAAUCUGAAUUGGAUUCCUAAAAGAAGGAAAUCUGAAUUGGCAUCAACAAGUUGCAAGCAGUUGAAAUUCUCCAUUUUCUUCUUAAUUUUGUGUUCAAUCCCUUUAUCUGUCUUGUUUUAUGUUGUUAUUAAUGAUGAUACCCAACUUGCAGUUCUGAAAUCUGAACCUGUGAUUUGAUGAGGACUGUGGUUGCUUCCAGUUGCCUGCCACAGUGCUCACGGUUCAGCUACCAUUAUUUAACCUACCAGUGAUUUCUGUUUGUACUUUGUACCAUGAUUUCAGAACCAAAUGCACUUCCAAGGUUUGACCUUUUGUGCAAAAAAAUUCUGAGCCUUUUUUUUUGAAAAGUUGCAAACUGACUGUUGCAUUUGCUGUAUUUGACCCCCCAAAAGGAGAGGGCUGCUGCACAUUUACAGAAAUGACUGGUUGAUUGUUCAUGGAAAAUAGGUAUUCAGAUAUUCUUUUUGUAUACAUUCGUGACCAGAUAACCAGUAAUAUCCAUAUAAAUCAAGUGUGGAUCACUUGCUCUGUUCCUGUGAUGUGAUGCCUAUGGUUCCUGGUUACAGAACAUAUUGUGGAAGUGAACAGUAUAAAGUUAAUGGUCAAGGAUUGUGCCAUGAAUUUGCCAUUUCUUUUCAUCUUUGCGCUUCAAGCAAUCUGUUCCUAACUUGAUUGUUCUUUGCAAAUUUCUCUCUUCUGCCCCAAGUGCAUCAGACAGGAACCGUGUCCUCGGAGGUUGAGGGGGUGGAAGGCACGCAAAAUGAUCUUCCCGGCCUCUCCGUGGCCAAAGGAUUAAGCAAAUCUGCGCAGAACUCAGACGCCAAGAGCUUUCCAGGCAUGUUCAAAAGGACACAAUAUCUUCUUCGCGGUACAGUGGUAGGUGAAACUCCAAGGGCGAUUCGAUUUGACAGUGUGGGAGAAGACAGACAGGAGAGGAGGCAACAUCCUAUCAUAUAAGUAGAGUUCUUCCACUCAUUGCCAUGCUGCAGCAGGGUGAAGGAGAGAGUUCUUGGGGGAUGGCCAGUGAUCGUGGUAGAGCUGUACCACUCGGCCAAGCUCUUGGAUAUGGAAUCCAAGGCCAUGCUCCUCCCCCUGCCAACUUCCUGAGGGAGUUGCAACCGGCAGCCGCUGCUUACUUUGGCGAGUUGGAGGAGGCCCUUAUCCAUGGCACCUGCGCUGCCGGUAUCGAUCCUGUCAUGAUCGAAAGUGAUGCCCACACCAAGUCAGCGGCAGGAUAUCUCGCGGCUAGGCCCCCCACGCUGGAGAUCUUCCCUUCUUGGCCAAUGAGUCAUCUACAGCAGCCAUACAGUGGGAACUCGCAGUCAGUAGGGAGCACUGACUCCAGCUCCGCGCAGAACACAAUGUCACAGGCCGAGUUGGUGUCCCCAGUGAGCAUGAGGACCGACUCUGGGCAGCAGCAGCAGGACCAGCAGGAGGCGUUGAUGGUGACCAUUGAUGAUUACAACUACAGUCAAGGACUUGGGGCUGCACCAGCCACUGCACCAAGCUUUCAGCAACAUGCAGGAGCCCAAGAUAAGAGAAAGCAUGGAUCCACAAGAAAAGAUGGCAAGUUGGUAGAUCCCAAGACUGAAAGGCGAUUGGCGCAGAACAGAGAAGCUGCGAGGAAGAGCAGGCUGAGAAAAAAGGCUUAUGUUCAGCAGUUAGAAACAGGCCGGAUUAGGCUUCAGCAGAUCGAGCAAGAGAUUCAGAGAGGGCGCUCACAGGGUCUGCUCACGGGAGGAUGUAGCGCGCCCGGAGAGAUGAGUUCCGCCGCUGUGAUGUUCGACAUGGAGUACGCCCGAUGGUUAGACGAAGACAACAAGUACAUGGCGGAGAUUCAGGGCGCUCUGCAGGCCCAGGUCCUCGACGCGAACCUCGGCACCAUUGUCGAAGACUGCAUGCGGCACCACGACGAGCUGUUCCACCUGAGGGCCGUGCUCGCCAGGUCCGACGUCUUCCACCUCAUGACCGGCAUGUGGGCGACGCAGUCCGAGCGGUGCUUCCUCUGGAUGGCCGGCUUCCGGCCUUCUGAAAUCCUCAAGAUGCUGAUACCUCAGCUUGAUCCGUCGACGAAGCAGCAGCUGCUGGGGAUGUGCAACCUGCAGCAGUCAUCAGAGCAGGCCGAGGAGGCGCUCGAGCAGGGGCUAAAGCAGCUGCACCAGUCACUGGCCGACGCGGUGGGCGCUGGCCCUCUCAAUGACGGUGCAGAUGUUGCCAACUAUACCGGUCUCAUGGCUCUAGCUCUUGACAGGCUCGACAACCUUGAGAGCUUUUAUCGUCAGGCCGACAAUCUGAGACAGCAGACCCUGCAUCACAUGCGGCGGAUCCUCACCACCAGGCAGACGGCCCGGUGCUUCGUCUCCCUCGGAGAGUACCAUCGCCGCCUCCGCGCCCUCAGCUCCAUCUGGGCUUCACGCCCUCGCGAGAACUUCAUGAUGCCAGAGAAUGUCAGCUCUACAGCAACAGAGUUCCAGUCCGUUCACCAGCAGCCUCAGCAAAACCAGUUCUCCGGCCUCUGAAGCAUCGCACAAAUUCCGCCAACAAAAAACGCGAGGAGGCUGCAGCAUUGUUCCAUCGUCGUCGUUAAGAUAUUGGGAAAGGGGAAUAUCAUAUCACUAGCUAGGGAAAAGGAGCAGAAAGUAGGCCGGCCAAGGGCAAGAAACUAACUGGCCUGGCUCAUCGCCUGUGAUGUUCCUAUGGCUCUUGAACUGCACCAAGGGAGGGGUUAGCACCUUUGCAGGAAAUUUGGUGCAAAGCGUAGAGGGGGAUUAGGAAAAGGCAAGGGCCGGUGUGAGGGACGUGGACGUGGGUUAAGUUUGUAUGAUUAUCAGUAGAGUAGGCCAUUCCAUUUGAGAAAUGGGCGGAGGAAUAAACAAGUAAUCUGAUCCGAUCAUUUGCCAAAACGACACGGUCAGAUAAACCAGCCGUUACCUAAUUUGUCCCCUCACUAAAAUAAACCAUUACCUGAUUUACGAUGUUGCAA